GAAAAAAAAGAAAAAAGAAAAAGAAUGCCCAGAAGCAGAGACAGAGACAAAGACAGAGCAUGAGCAACAGGAACACGGACACGAACACGAACACGAACACAGUAGAAGUAGAAGAGGAAGAAGAAGAAUCUGUCAUUGAUCUCAUCAAUCACACCGGCGGCGACUCAACCACAUCCUCCUCCUCCGCCCAUGCCGAUCCGAUGGCCCCGCCAUCACCACCACCACCUACGCCGGCCAUCGUAAUGUCCUCCAGAGAUCCCGACGCCAUCUUCAGCGGUGGCGGCAUCAGCUUUCUCACUGGAAAUCAAAAUGGAAGUUUCAACUAUGGAUAUUCCACUUUCAAGGGUAAAAGAGCUUCCAUGGAGGAUUUCUACGAGACAAGGAUUUCAGAAGUUGAUGGUCAGAUGGUUGCUUUUUUUGGUGUUUUCGAUGGCCAUGGAGGUUCGAGAACUGCUGAAUACCUUAAAAACAACCUUUUCAAGAAUUUAAGUGGCCACCCAGAUUUUAUCAAUGACCCAAAGACAGCCAUUGUUGAAGUAUUUAAACAGACAGAUGCUGAUUACCUCAAUGAAGAGAAAGGUCAGCAAAAAGAUGCUGGUUCAACUGCAACAACUGCUCUGCUCUUAGGGGGUCGUCUGCUUGUUGCAAAUGUUGGUGAUUCUAGAGUUGUUGCCUGUAGAGCUGGUUCAGCUAUCCCAUUGUCUAUUGAUCACAAACCUGAAAGAUCUGAUGAGCGCCAACGGAUUGAACAGGCUGGAGGUUUCAUCAUUUGGGCGGGAACGUGGAGGGUUGGUGGUGUUCUUGCUGUUUCUCGUGCAUUUGGAGAUAAACUACUCAAGCCAUAUGUUGUUGCUGAGCCAGAAAUACAGGAAGAAGAAAUCGAUGGUGUAGACUUUAUAAUUAUUGCAAGUGAUGGACUUUGGAAUGUCAUAUCAAACAAGGAUGCUGUGGCUUUAGUGCAGGAUAUACCAAAUGCAGAAGAGGCAUCAAGAAGACUUAUAACAGAAGCUUAUGCACGGGGAAGUUCAGAUAACAUUACUUCUAUCGUAGUUCGGUUUGAUAAAUCAUGAGCAUGUAUUAAGAGUAUCAGGUUUUAGGACCAUUAAAGUAUCUGCGCCAGUUAUGAAAAAGCAGUUUCUUUCAAUGUAAUUUUUUUUUUAAUGAUGUUAUUAGUUUAUUAUUGUGAUAGGCUUGACAGCCGAGCUUUCAUGCUGUUGAUCCUGAAUGACACUUUAUUUUGUGUUUGAUUGAUGGUUUAUGACAUUGAUAUAAAUUUAAAUCUUAGUUAAUCUCACAUUUGAAAA